AAAGAGAGAAGGAUUUGAGCACGGAACUAGAGAGAAAGAGAGAAAGUGGUGAUUAAGAAUUUUAGGGCUUCCUGAUCUUCAAGUUAUAGAAAGAGAUGGAGAUUAUGGAAGGACCUAGCAACGGUGGUAUGAUUUACCACGAGGUUCAGGAAUCGAAGCUAUGCGCUGUUCAUUGCGUCAAUACGGUGCUACAAGGUCCUUUCUUCUCUGAAUUCGAUUUGGCUGCCCUCGCUUCCGAUCUUGACCGUAAGGAGCAACAGGUCAUGCUCGGAGGCGGUGAUUUGCUUUCUGGCCAAUCUCACAAUGUUUCUCUAGACGGUGAUUUCAGUAUACAGGUAUUGCAAAAAGCACUAGAGGUGUGGGAUCUGCAGGUGAUUCCACUAGACUGUCCAGCAGCGGAGCCGGCCCAGAUCGAGCCAGAACUUGAAAAUGCAUUCAUUUGUCAUUUGCAGGACCAUUGGUUCUGUAUAAGGAAAGUGAAUGGUGAGUUUUACAACUUUGACAGCCUUUAUGCAGCUCCCCAGCAUCUCUCGAAAUUCUAUUUAUCAGCCUAUUUAGACUCUCUCAAAAGCUCUGGCUGGAGUAUCUUUAUUGUGAGGGGAAACUUUCCAAAGGAGUGCCCUAUAGCUUUUUCCGACUCCUCCACCAUUGGAUUCGGUCAAUGGCUAUCGCCUGAAGAUGCAGAUCGGAUAAUCAAAUCCUCGAGAGUGGCGGCCCCUAGUAGAACCAACAAUAAUAACCAAAUUGAGCAGCGACAGUUUCAGUUUGAAGAUGAGGAUGUGAUGACGGCUGCUGAAGAGGAGGAUUUGAAUGCGGCUAUUCGUGCUAGCUUGAUGGAUUCGGCUGCUGGUCCUCCUCCUGCUCCUGCUGAGACCAAAACCGAUACAUCAUCCUCAUAAGGUUAGUUUGAUUUUGGAAACUUCUUUUGCAAAAUCCAUUCCAAUGAGUUGACUCAGUGUACACAACAGAACCUUUGUUUAUUGAGUUAUUGUUUUCUGUAGUUUACAUGUUUACAAACGUUAUCAAAGUUUGGAAAACAAUCAGGAUUGUGUUUGAGUUUACUUGCCA